GUGACACAGUGUCCAGCAUAAUGUAAUCACCUCAAGGGAGCAGCAGGAGCUGUAAUUACAUGUAAAUGACCUCCUUCUCUCCUCCUCCUCCUGUUGCUGCUGCUGCUGCUGCUCCCCCCCCCUUCUCCGUGUUCCACAUGCAAAGAGCAACAGGUCUAAAUCCCGUCCAUGCAUGAUUGUGCCAAUCUUGUGGGAAAACGGACUGACUCAUUUUAUUUCAUCUAUUGGGCAUACAUUUAAGUGGAGCACUGAUGUUGCGGACGGCAGUAGAGCAUGCAAAGAAGCACCCUGGUCUCAUCCCCCAGUUCUUCUUUAUCUGCCUGGGAAUGGGUGGAGCAUCCUUAUAUCUGAUGCGGCUGGCCAAGGGACCCCAUGUCACCUGGAACAAAACCAAUAACCCUGAGCCUUGGAAUAAACUUGACCCCACAUACCAGUACAAGUUUGUUGCCAUCACCACAGACUACAAAAACCUGAAGAAAGAUGGGCCCGAAUUCUAAAUCUCCAACAUGAGAAUGUCAUGCUUGUAAAGUUACAAAAUACAAUGUCACAUUUACUUUGUUGAGCACUCUUGACAUCCACAUCAGAGGAAAAGGAAAAAACAAAA